AUGGAUGUGCAAUCGCUUCUCGGUAAGUUAGAUAAUUUGAAUAAGGAAGGAAGUGUAAUCCAAGAGCAAAUCAAGUCUGUGGACGAGCAACUGUCCAAAACGGAACUCGAUAUCAAUAUCAUUCAACAAGAGAACGAACGAGUCGAGAAAACACUGACCGAGAUUCAGAGAAAAGACAGAGAUGAGCUAGUUUCGAUCAAAGUAUCCAUCGACAGAGAGAUGCUGUGUAAGCUAGACAAGCAAAUUCAGACGGAGGAGAAAGAAGUAGACGACAGAAUUCAGCGUUUAGAUACGGUCGUGUACAAAAAUGGAUUUCUGUUCAUUAGAUCGUCUUUUCUACAAACUACGUCGGACGGGAAGAAUAAACAGGAAGAAUAUCACAGGCUUACGGCGCAGAGAAUUGCUCAAGAGAAAGAACGAUUGAGUACUAGAGAGCAGGAGCUACAUCAGCAGAUUGCAAUCCAGAAGAAAAUUGAAAAGGAUACUGCAAGUGAAAUUGAAGCUGAAAGAAGAGAAGUGCAGAAGAUAAUUGCGAUGGUUCAGUCAAUGAAGCUGUCGUUGUGUGGUUGGUACCAUUAUUACUAA